AUGUUCCCACAUAUUUUCAUUUUGUGUGUUUUAUCAUUCAGCACCUUGCACAUCGCGUCAUCUCUGGAGCUGCAGCUUGGCAUGCCAAAUGUUUGUGCUGAACAGGAGAUGUCCAUGUUGGGGAUCCGUCAGCCUUGUGUACAAGCGUUUUCCCGCAUGGCAAAGGUGUGGAAGCAGGGCUGCACACACCACCAAUGGUGUAUGGGCUACGAGAGGAGGAUAGCAUACUACACAGCAUACAGGCAAGUGUACAACAUGGAUUUGCACACAGUCUAUAAGUGCUGCCCUGGCUGGACUCAGAAGGGGGAAGAGAUGGGCUGUCUGCAUCGAGUGUGUGGUGCAAACACUUGUUUCAAUGGUGGGAGAUGUGCAGACACUGGAGACCGUGUAUGUCAGUGUCCACUGGGCUUCAAAGGGACGCGAUGUCAGUAUGAUGUUAACGAAUGUGAAGUGGAUGAGGGCGGCUGCGAGGGCUACUGCUGCAACACCAUCGGCAGCUACUACUGCAAGUGUCCUGAAGGCAGUAGACUGGGUCCAGAUGGCAAAGCCUGCCAUGAUGUUAAUGAGUGUGAGGAACUCAAUGGAGGAUGCCAGCAAACUUGUGUCAACAUACCGGGCUCCUACCACUGCGAGUGCAGCGAAGGUUUCCGCAUGCACACUGAUGGUCGGACCUGCAUUGCUGUGAAUUCUUGUUCGGUGUUGAACGGCGGAUGUGAGCACAGAUGUGUGGACAUGGGGAACAAUCACUACAAAUGUGAGUGUCGGAAGAACUAUCAGCUGAAGAGAGAUGGAAGACACUGUGAAUUGAAGGACCCCUGUCAGGACAGGAAUGGAGGCUGUGCCCAGCUGUGUGUUUCAGAAAAUGACCGAGUUCACUGCAGCUGCCGACCCGGUUUUACACUGCCCGGAGAUGGCAAGAGCUGUGACGACAUUGACGAGUGCAGCUCCGGCCGUGCCAAGUGUUCCCAUGGUUGUGUCAACAUGCUGGGUUCCUUUAGCUGUGUGUGUCAUCCGGGUUUUGAACUUGGUGCUGAUGGGAAACAGUGCUACCGCAUAGAGAUGGAGAUUGUGAACAGCUGUGAGAAGAACAAUGGAGGUUGCUCUCAUCAUUGUGAACACACCACCAACGGCCCUCUCUGCUCCUGCAACCAAGGCUACCAGCUAGACCAAGACAGAAAGACCUGUGUAGACAGUAAUGAGUGUGUCAGUGAGGAGUCCUGCUGCAGCCACUUCUGUAGAAACUAUCCAGGCGGCUACGAGUGCAGCUGCAGAGCCGGCCACAGACUAAACCCAGACGGCUGCGGCUGUGACGACAUUGAUGAGUGCCUGGCGGAGACCUCAGGAUGUGAACACUACUGUGUCAACACUCUGGGAACAUACGAGUGUUUUUGUCGACUGGGUUUCCGCUUGGAUCAGGACCAGCACUCUUGCAUCUCCCUGUAUGGCAGAGAACUGGAAGAGGAAGAGGACGAGGAGGAAGAAGAGGAGGAACAGCUGGAGGUUGACAGAUUACCGGACUUGCUGUUUCGCAAGGCUCCUCAGCUCCUGCAGUACACAGCAGCCUUGCGCUCCCAUUAUGGCAGCGAGGAUGAUGACGAUGAAAAAGAGUUAGAGAUCCAGAGAGAGCGCAGGGGAGAGCUUCGAGCGGACAGCCACAUAGCUUGUCCACAGGGGAGCUAUGGAAAGGCCUGCAACAGUCUGUGCCGUUGUCAGAAUGGAGGCUCGUGUGACCCUGUGACUGGGAAGUGUUUGUGCCCCCUCGGGGUACAAGGCCUGCUCUGCGAGGAUGGUUGCCCAAAAGGUUAUUUUGGAAGGCACUGUAGAAAUAAAUGCAACUGUCCCAACAAUGGACCCUGCCAUCGUCUGUAUGGAGCCUGCCUGUGCUCUCCGGGAUUAUAUGGCCGUUUUUGCCACCUCGCUUGUCCCAGGUGGACGCACGGCGCAGGCUGUUCCAAGGAAUGCGACUGUGUUCAAGAACAUUCCACUGGCUGUGACCCCAAAACAGGGAGCUGUUUCUGUAAAGCUGCAUACAGCGGUCCGCAGUGCGAGAAAGAAUGUGAUCCAGGCUUCUUCGGCGCAGGCUGUGAGCAACCAUGUGACUGUCCAGGUGGAGGGUCAUGUGACCCCAGGACUGGAGAGUGCAGCCAGCGAUGUCCUGCAGGCCUUCAUGGAGAUAAAUGUCAGCUGGCCUGCCAAGUUGGAAGCUUUGGAGAAAACUGCCGUCUGUCCUGUGACUGCAGAGGAGCUCCUUGUCAUCCCAUAACUGGGCAGUGUGUCUGUCCUGCUGGGAAGAAGGGACAGUCCUGCCAGGAAGACUGCCCUGAUGGAUUCUGGGGGUUCAAGUGCCAGUCUUCCUGCCCUGACUGUGAGAACGGCGGCUCCUGCAACAAGCAGACUGGUACGUGUGACUGCGAGCCAGGCUUCAUGGGAAAGCUCUGCGAAAAUGAGUGUCCUGCAGGAUACCACGGACCAGGCUGUCUGACUCGCUGUUCUUGCCAUCCUGAUGCCAGUUGUGACCCACAGACUGGACACUGCAACUGCCCUUCUGGCAAAAGAGGCCACGAUUGUGCAGCAUCAUGUGAACCUGGUUUCUGGGGCCAAGGCUGCAGCACUAAAUGCCAAUGCCAGGACGGUUCACUGGGCUGUGACUCAGUCAGCGGUCAGUGUGUGUGUGAGGCCGGAUUCACCGGAGACCACUGUGAAAAGAAGUGCAUUAAUGGCACUUAUGGUCAAAGUUGCGUCCAGCAAUGUCAGUGUGAGAAUGAAGCGCUCUGCGACUACGUGAGUGGUGCCUGCACAUGCUCCCCUGGAUAUGCUGGCACGUUCUGUGAAAAAAUGUGCCCGGACGGCUUUUACGGUCUUGACUGUGGCCAGAUGUGCGAGUGCAGGAACGGUGCCCGCUGCCACCACAUCACAGGAGCCUGCCUAUGCACCGCCGGCUGGGCAGGACCACACUGCAUUCUGGAGUGCCCAGAAGGUCAUUUUGGAGAACAGUGCAGUCAGACCUGUGAGUGUCAGAAUGGAGGCGGGUGUAACCACGUCACCGGGCAAUGCAGCUGCACGGCCGGGUGGACCGGGGUCAGGUGCCAGCUGCCCUGUCCUGCAGGACAAUAUGGAGAACUCUGUUCUGGUCAAUGUCUCUGUCAAAACGGAGGCUCUUGUGAUCACGUGAGUGGCCGGUGCUCCUGCCCACCAGGGUGGACCGGACCUGCUUGUGAAUUAGAGUGUGAAGAAGGACAUUAUGGAGAGGACUGCACUCAGGCCUGCAGCUGCAUGAAUGGAGGGAGAUGUGACAGAGUGACAGGGAAAUGUGCAUGUCUGUCUGGUUGGGUAGGGGAGCUCUGUCAAUCAGCCUGUUCUAAGGGAUUCUUCGGCGAGCGCUGCGAGCAGAGGUGUGACUGUGUCCACAGUUGGAGUUGCCACCAUGCGACGGGCCGCUGUGAGUGCGAGCCAGGCUGGAGGGGAGCCAGGUGCGACAAAUCCUGCCUCCCGGGGUUCUACGGCGCUUCCUGUGCCCAGCGGUGUCAGUGCCAGACCGGAGUGUCCUGCCACCAUGAGACGGGGAGUUGCGGCUGCCCGGCCGGACUCACAGGGCCUGGCUGCGAGAAAACCUGCCCCGCCGGCAUGUUUGGGCAGAACUGUAGCCAACUGUGUCGAUGUUCAGGAGACCAGGAGCAGUGUCAUCCUGUGACGGGGAAAUGUAGCUGCUUACCUGGUUACUACGGGCAACGCUGUGAGCUCCGAUGUCGAACUGGGACUUUUGGGCCAAACUGCAAGUCCAGGUGCAGCUGCAUCAAUGGUGGCCGCUGUGACUUUAGGACUGGGACAUGUUACUGUCCUCUGGGCUUCAUUGGAGCUAACUGCAGCUUGACUUGUCCAAGUGGGUACUAUGGGAAGGACUGUACUAAGUUGUGCUCCUGUGGGGAAGGAGGGCAGUGCCACCCGGCAACUGGGAGGUGUAUCUGUGGCCCUGGUAGGAUGGGACUGUCCUGCCAACAGGCGUGUCCCAGGGGGCGCUACGGCCUGCAGUGCAGAAACACGUGCAGUUGUCAGAACAGGGGUUUAUGUGACCCGAUUGAUGGGUCCUGCAAGUGUGGACUGGGCUGGACUGGGACCCGCUGUGACACAGCCUGUUUGCAGGGAAAGUAUGGGCUUGAUUGUGCACAAGACUGUCCAUGCCUCAACAAUGGGACCUGCGACCGUUUUACUGGCAGCUGCAGCUGUACUGCUGGAUUCUACGGCCACUCCUGUCAACACAAGUGUCCGUCCGGGUAUUUUGGAGUGAAUUGUGCCCAAACCUGUGACUGUAAGGUGGGGCAAGAUUGUGACCAUGCGACAGGCAGAUGUGUGUGUCCACCAGGUUACUAUGGUCCACAAUGCCAAAGACGUUGUGAAGCUGGCAGCUUUGGGUUGAGUUGUGCAAAGUCAUGUGACUGCGCUGGUGAAGCUCCAUGUGACCCAUCAACAGGACGGUGUCUUUGUCCCCCAGGGAGGACAGGACAGAGAUGUGAAAAAAACUGCGGUGGAGACCGUUUCGGCCCCGACUGCUCCCUGCGGUGCCAGUGUUCCCACAGGGCUCGCUGUGAUGGGGUGAGCGGGCGAUGCCUCUGUCCGCUCACCUGGCUCGGUCCAACUUGUAGUGAAGCACUGCUGCACCAAACUCCAGGAGUACUGAACUUCUCUGUGUCCCAAAGAAAGAGAAGAGCAGGCAGCAAAACCACAUAACCCAAGCAGAGGUGCAAACUGCUGGCUGGACGUUCAAACACAGGACUUGGCUCGGCGAGGCAUUACUCAGAUCAUCUUGGUGAAGGUGAUGUUGGUAUUAAAAUGUUCUGUGAGGCUGGUAUUCGGCUGUCAGAAACUGGCACUCCAUCACCGAGCCUGGAGCUCGAGACAAUCAGCCAGUGGACCUGGCAUAUGAGAGGCCUUCAAAGGACCAUAAACUCAAAACCUCCUCUAGUCUGUCUGAGAUUUAAAAUCCAGGGCUGCACAGGCUUCUUAGCAAUACACCCAAAUACUUGAUUCACAUUUGUUACCAUUGCUGAUUGAAAGUGGAUCAUUUUCUUUCCAGUUUGACAUUUAACGUGCUGUUAAGGGUUCCUGAGUGCAUUCGGGCCCGUACAUGCGACCCUUUACAACCUCUGCUAAAAUCUAUUUUUUACUGCGUGUGUCCCUAAAAACACUUGAGUGUGAAAGAAUUCCAAACAUAUUUCUGGUGGAAAUUAAAUGUCUAAAACAGAUUUAGAAAGAAUAUGAGUGACUUAUUCUGAGAAAAAAGUAAAACACAUACAGAGCCUGGACAAGUACGGUACAGAAAUAUAGUCCAAUAAAAAUAAAAUAGAAUGGAUUAUUAUGUAAUUCACUUAGUGACUCGCUAAAUGCUGAAAUGAGUCUCUGUCAUAUGCAGGCAGAAUCUUCUCAUUACAUUUUUCUUUUCUGUGUGUGUCUGUUGUCUUGCUUAUAAUUUGUUGACACAUUUUUAUGCUUUGACUUCACAUUUGUCUUAUAUGUUUUCCCAAAAGUAUUGCAGCUCAGGUAACAACAGUUGCUCACUUUGAGACAUACGAAUGAAGUGAAACCCACCUUAACUUAUUUAACUGUCCACACGCCCACUUUUCUGUUUAAAGCCCCGCAUAUAACAUGAAUAGCCUUCAUCCAUCAGCGCUGCAUCAGUUUUCUUUGUUGUAUUGCUGUAUGCUGGUUUGCAGAAACCUGCAGCAUUGCACUUCUUUGAGAUCUGUGUUUAUUGAGCCAGCGAUUGAUACGGAGUUGAAAUGAAGAAAACAUGACAUUAAUGAUUUUUUUCAGCAGUGCUUAUACACUUUUUUUGGGUUAUUUUUACAGGUGUGCAAUAUUAAAAGCCCUUUGUAUGACAAGAUAAAAUCACAAGUCUCGUAUCACGGUGAUCACUUACAAUACAUGUGCAUUUUAUUUGAAUGUUUUCAAAAACUGUAUUUUGUAAUGUAUCUCAGGUCAGUGCAGUUGUUUCAGUUGUAACCUCCUGUGCUCAUUUCCUGACUUAUCAGUGGUGCUACAUUGUAUAAAAUUGAUAGAUUCCAUUUAUCAGUCGAUCCAUUAUGAUUUUUUUGUGUCUUUUUCAUCUGUGGUCGUGUUGUGAUAGGAAAGGAAAGAAAGCCAUGAACCAAAUAAAUAACACAUCUGUGGA